AUGUAUGACUGCUUCCUGUCUGCGGUGUGCUACUUCCUGUGUCCUAGACCCCCAUCCUCUCCCAGCCACUGUCCCCACCCAGCCACUGUCCCCACCCAGCCCCCAUCCUCUCCCAGCCACUGUCCCCACCUAGCCACUGUCCCCACCCAGCCCCCAUCCUCUCCCAGCCACUGUCCCCACCUAGCCACUCUCCACCACCCAGCCCCCAUCCUCUCCCAGCCACUGUCCCAACCCAGCCACUCUCCACACCCAGCCCCCAUCCUCUCCCAGCCACUGUCCCCACCCAGCCCCUGUCCCCACCCAGCCACUGUCCCCACCCAGCCCCUGUCCCAACCCAGCCACUUUCCCCACCCAGCCCCCAUCCUCUCCCAGCCACUGUCCCCACCCAGCCACUGUCCCCACCCAGCCAUUGUCCCCACCCAGCCCCUGUCCCCACUCAGCCACUGUCCCCACCCAGCCCCUGUCCCCACCCAGCCACUGUCCCCACCCAGCCACUGUCCCCACCCAGCCACUGUCCCCACCCAGCCACUGUCCCCAUCCAGCCCCUGUCCCCACCCAGCCACUGUCCCCACCCAGCCCCUGUCCCCACCCAGCCACUGUCCCCACCCAGCCACUGUCCCAACCCAGCCACUGUCCCAACCCAGACACUGUCCCCACCCAGCCACUGUCCCCACCCAGCCACUGUCCCCACUCAGCCACUGUCCCAACCCAGCCACUGUCCCCAUCCAGCCACUGUCCCCACCCAGCCACUGUCCCCACUCAGCCACUGUCCCAACCCAGCCACUGUCCCAACCCAGCCACUGUCCCAACCCAGACACUGUCCCCAUCCAGCCCCUGUCCCCACCCAGCCACUGUCCCAACCUAGACACUGUCCCCAUCCAGCCACUCUCCCCACCCAGUCCCUGUCCCCAUCCAGCACUGUCCCCACCCAGCCACUGUCCCCACCCAGUCCCUGUCCCCAUCCAGCCCCUGUCCCCAUCCAGCCACUGUCCCCACCCAGCCACUGUCCCCACCCAGUCCCUGUCCCCAUCCAGCCCCUGUCCCCAUCCAGCCACUGUCCCCACCCAGCCCCUGUCCCCAUCCAGACACUGUCCCCAUCCAGCCCCUGUCCCCACCCAGCCACUGUCCCCACCCAGCCACUGUCCCCACCCAGCCCCUGUCCCCACCCAGCCACUGUCCCCACCCAGCCACUGUCCCAACCCAGCCACUGUCCCCACCCAGCCACUGUCCCCAUCCAGCCCCUGUCCCCACCCAGCCACUGUCCCCACCCAGCCCCUGUCCCCACCCAGCCACUGUCCCCACCCAGCCACUGUCCCAACCCAGCCACUGUCCCAACCCAGACACUGUCCCCACCCAGCCACUGUCCCCACCCAGCCACUGUCCCCACUCAGCCACUGUCCCAACCCAGCCACUGUCCCCAUCCAGCCACUGUCCCCACCCAGCCACUGUCCCCACUCAGCCACUGUCCCAACCCAGCCACUGUCCCAACCCAGCCACUGUCCCAACCCAGACACUGUCCCCAUCCAGCCCCUGUCCCCACCCAGCCACUGUCCCAACCUAGACACUGUCCCCAUCCAGCCACUCUCCCCACCCAGUCCCUGUCCCCAUCCAGCACUAUGGAAUGACUUCAAACGGCUGCAUUGGGCCUUUAACCCUUAA